UCCUGUUUUUUUCGUGCGGGUAAAAUCACGGCUUUCUAUAGCGCGUAAGUCUUUAUCGUUUUGUUUUGUAGAAUUCGGUAAGUUAAGUAGAUAUCUUUGAUAAAUCUACUAUGCUAUGCGUAUACCGAAUGAAAUGUUAGCUGAGAAAAAACAUUCACGCGGUAAAGAAAGUAUGUGGGAAAAUGAGUUAACCGUGUGUUAACGCGCAGUGGUCAACUAUCCGUGCAAGUUUAGCAAAGGAAUAUAUAUCCAUAUUCAAGACGUAAUAACGUCAAGUAUUUAGAAAAACAUAUUUAAUCAGUGAAAAAUGAGUGCGUCGGCCUUAAAAUCAACAAUACCUGGAGUAGGUACUUCCCCAUCUUCUACAAGUCAUUCUAUUCUUCCAAUGAAUGCAAUGGCACAAAAAGUUGUAUCAGGAUCAGAACCAGCAUCUAUGAAGCCUUUACCAGGAACUGGAUUAAGCUAUGUUACAUUACAACCACCUAAUCAUCCAUCAAGUCAACCUUUAAGCUUAGUACAAGAUCAUAGACCUUCUGUAUAUCAAACACCACCUUAUGUAAGCAGUAAUUCUGAAAAGGAAGACUUGGAUAAAUUAAUCCCUAAUGGAGUAGAGAUUAUGAAAACUGAAACAGAACAAAAUAUAUCUGUUUCCAUAAAACAAAAUGAAUCUAACAGAAAUAAUAAUUUAAGUCCAGAUAAUCCUACACAAGAUUCACAAAGAGAAGUUCAAACAGAUCAAGAGAUGACAUCUAUUAAUUUAGAUUUCCCUGCAUUAUGUCCACAAUUACAAAACAAAGUUGAAGAAAAAAAGACUCCUGUAAAUAAUGGUUCAAAAGAAUCUGAUGGAAUUCCAAUUAAUACAACUUCACAAACAAAAUUAUCAUCACAUAAAUCAGAAGAUGGGUCAGUAAAAUCUGAUAGUCAGAAGUCAAAAACCAUAACUCAAAACACAAAACUUAUAGCAGAUAGUUCUGCAUUAUCACAAACAAGUAAUCCACCAAAAAUUGAAACAAAGGUCACUGGUUCACCAAAAGCAAAUAAGAGAAAAUCUAGAGAAUUGAAAGAUUUAAAAGGAAUAUCAGCAACAUCAGAUGGAGCAAGUAAACCAAAAAGAAAUCGAAUUCAAACACAACCUUAUCAGAGUCCAUUACCAGAAAUUGCAUUGCUUGUAAAAAAUUUAAAUAAACCACCACCAUCAAAAGCUUCUGAUGAUAAACUUAUAGUAUUCUAUAAAAACGAAUUUUUGGCUGUGAGAAAUGCAGAAGGAAGUUUCUAUGUAUGUCAAGCAAUGCAAAAUAUAUAUAAAUCUAGCAGAAAAAUUCGUAUACGUUGGCUUUCUCAAGACAAAAACAAUGGAGAAAUAUAUUCACCAGAUUUUUACGAUUAUAUAGAUUUUGAUUGCAUCUUAACAAAUUUAAAUUUAAACAAAAUUGAUAAAAAUAAAUUUCAAUUAACAAAGAUAGAAUUAUUACGUACAGAAAAUAUUUUAAAAAGAGCAAUUGAUGUUGAAGCUGGUGUAUCUGAAAAACCUCGAGUAACAGAAGAACAUCCGGAUGGACUUGAUCUUUCACUUUAUAAAGAUGAAUCACAAUUAAAAAGAAGAAAAAGUCAUAAUUUACAUAAACAAAAACAAAGUUUACGUAAGAAAGCAAAACGAACUGAAAGCUUCUCUGAAGAUGACACUCCUGAAGAUGAAUCGGGAAAAAAAUCACCUAAAUCGAAUCGUUCUAAAAAACGAACAGUUAAUAAAGCUUUAGCAAUUGCAAAGUCUGUUGCAAAAGGAUCUAGUAGAGCAGAAAGAGCAUUAAAUAGAAAUACAAAAUCUGGAAGUGAAACUACUGCUGCUACUAAUAGUACUACUACUACAGUUACUACAUCUACCACAUCAAUAGAUGUAACUAAAAAUAAUACAGAUAUUAAAAGAAAUGAAAAUAAAAAGAGCACAAAGCAACAGAAUAAUAACACAAGUGGAGUAUCAAGGACAAAACUACGUGCAUCUGCACAAAAUGCACAACAAAGUAAUAAAACAGCAGGUCGUCCAAAGCGUAUGGCUGCAGCUACAGGUAUUGUAUCGACCGAAGAAGCAAUUCGAAAAAAGCCACGUGGACGAGCAUAAGAUUAACGUAAUUUACCUGUAUUUCCUGUAUUACAUCUAGAACAGAAUCUGUAUCGUAGGCAAUAUGUACAUGUAGUACACUCUUUAAAAAUUGCGAUUGGUUUAUAAUGUAAUAUAUAUGAUCUCAAGAUUUAUAUCUUAUCAGAUGCUGCAUUAUAUUAUAGUCCAACAAUGUGGGAUCAACAAUUUAUAUAACAAUGCGGCAAAUCGCAUUUAAUGAAAAAAAGACUCAAAGAUUUAUAAGAGUGAUAUUGUGAUAUCAUAUAAAAUUUGUACAUAUCGUCUACGUUUCAGAUUCUUACAGGAGAAGAAAGUCACGGAAUGUGUAUGGGAAAUGGUACCUUGGUUGAAUAAUAACUAUCUACAGGGUGUCACAUGCUAAUGCACUCUUGCAAUAGUCUAUUUUUGAUGUUGUGAGUGAACUGUACGUGAUUCAGUUGAGUUUAAUGUACACUUUCCAUUGGAUAUGAUAGCUAUGUACAAAUAUAUAUAUUUGGGGCUUAUAAUGUACUCUAUAAAAAGAUAAAAACACAAAAUAAAAUAGAGUACCAGAGAAUGAAAACAAUCCGUGAGUUAUCGAUCUCCAAGUUAUGGAUCGGUAGAUUUAGAAGUACAAUACCUGUACAUUACGCUGAAUCUUUGCUAUUUAAAAAAUAGCAUAUGAAAUGGUCCAGCGCCUUUAUUAAAGACAGGCAGAGAAAAAAAGUGCCCUCAACUGUAAAUCCUUGUCCUGUUGUUGAAUCUAUGGAUUUAUUAAAAAAAAACUUUAUGGCUGGAGAUGUAAUGUUUUAACUAUAGUUUAUUUUUGAAUCAUUUAUGUCAAUGAAUUGCUAAUAUAAUUCAUUGUUAUAAAAAAUAAAAAAGAUCAUAUUAAUUAUGGUGGUAUCAAAUUAUAAUUUAGCCACUUAAACAUAUUAUAUUCCUUUCUUAAAAAAAAACAAACAAAAUAGCACUUAUUUACUCUGAUAAGUCUGGAUUAAAAUGUAUAAACUUGCUUUAUCUAUGUAUUAUUUUAUUUUUUCAAAGAUUAUGGACAAAGUGUAUAUUUACUGAAAGAUAGAUGAUUAUGAUUUACACUUCACCAAAUCUAAAUUCGUAUAUUUUAAUGUAGUUUAUAGUUUAUAUUUUGUGUCGAAAUGUAUUGGGAAUACAAGUUUCGUGUCAAUAUUGAGAAAAGAAAUUUAUGUGAGAUUCAAUUUAUUACAAUGUAUAAUGAACAAAGGUAUCGAGACAUGUAUUUGUUUUAUGAAUUACGAUAAUGUAAUGAUAAUACAUACCUUAUAUAAUUAUUUAUCGUGAAGAAAAAAGUCUUUGAUUUUUGGAAAGACAAAAGACGAAUUAUAUUGAUUAAAAUUGUAUACUUUUUUGUCAUUGAAAAUUCAGUUGCCAAAGUUGCAUUUACUUAUUUAAUGCAUUGGCCAUUGAACAUUGCACAAAUUUAAAUGAGAAAGUUAUUUCACUUAAAUAAUUUUAUCUAUGUAUGUACAUAUGAAAAUUAGGUAAUCAAAAUUGUGAAAAUAUGCAAAACUAUAUGAGCGUUUGGAAUUUUGAAGGCUAAUGUAUCUUAUUCAUUUAAUAAUGUAUUCCAAUUUAUUGAGUUGCAAUACAAAUGAUUGUACAACUUUUUACUUCUUAUUUUAGAAAUCAUAGAAUACAUGUACGAUGUACAUAUAUUUCAUAAGCUUAACAACGUUAAAGAUAACUUAAGAAUGCCGUUUAAAUGAUUAGGCAUAUCGACUUCUAUUGAAAAUAGAAUAUAAUUAUUAUAAUAAAUGAAUAAGGUGAAUUUAAUUCUUAAGAUGGGAGAUGAAUAAGAUACCAAUCCUAUCAUUGGUCCAUUGCAUAUUGUAUUUAAAAUAUACACACACAUAAUGUAUAAAUUUAAAAUAUACACAAACGUAAUGUAUAAAUUUAGUAAAGAAAAAAAUUCUAAUGAAGACCGAGAAAUUUGCUUAUCUUGUUACUCGAUUUUGCUUUCAAAGCAAUGUCACUCUUCUUGGAAUUAGUUGUAUAAUAUUGAAAUAAUUCAAAGGACGGUGCAAAUAAUUACAAUUAAAUAUCAUUAUUAACGUCAAUGAAAAAUAAUGUAAUAUAUAAUAAAUUUUCAAGACAAGCUACACUUAUUAUUUCAAGAAGCGAAAUCGAUUACAAUAUGACGAAUAAAUACAGCUCUCGAUAUUUUCGUGAGCUAUUUGCAAAUUUAAAACAAAAAUAUAAUAUGAAGGAAACUGAAUCGAAAAGCAAUGAUACAUUUGCGUGCGGGCUGAUAUUUGUUGAGGAUACUUAAAAAAUAUGUAUUAAAUUUGAAAAAUCGAAGUUUAAACAUAGAUAUAGGUAAUUGACCACUAAAAGAUCAUCUUUCACUUUAUAUACGAUAAAGUAUAUAAGAUCAUAUUUGUCUGUAUUAAUUUGUUAUAUAUGAAAAAUGUUUAUUCAAAUAAGUCCCAAAUUUUGUCAUUAUCAUAUAAAAAAUUUAAUUUUCUUCCUUGCAAUUCUAAAGUAAAACUAGAAAUCGUUGUUCGAAAUUUAAGAGCUAAAGAUACGUUUGCUACAUAAAAGUAUAUGUAAAAUUCAAAGUACAAAUAGUUUGUCAUGAAAGUAUCAGAUCUUUAGCUAAAAAUUUGGUAAACACCGGUUUAAAGUAUUACGUUAAAUAAGAUCUUAACUACCUCGUGAUACGAUUUAUUUCUGCAAUAAUGUAAAAAUUGUAUCUCUAGUUUCAGAUAAAUAAUUUAGAGGGACCUCAUUUUAUUUGCAUUACAAAUUAUUUUCAUAUUUUAUGCAAAUUUUUAAAAAUAUAUAAAAUACUUGACAUUAUCAUCUAAAAUAUCCUUCUAACUACUUAAAGAUACAAAGUUUAAAAAAUUUCAUUUUUUUAAACAAAUUUUGAAAUUUUUAAUAUGAAUUUUUAAUAGUUAUAAUUAUGUAAUCUUAAAUAAGAAGGAUGUUUUUAUUCAAUGAUAUCAAGUGUACAUUUUAUAUAAUCAAAAAAAAUAAUUCUUAGUUUAUCAAUUGUUUUCAACUUUUGAAUAAUAAUCCUCUGACAAAAUCUAUCCUAAAACAUUGAACAUGAAAUCUAUUAUUGGCUCUCACUUGACUUCUAAGCACUAUUUCAAUGAAUUUACAGCAUAUGUCCCUAAUUAAUCUGAAUGUCACGAUUGCAUUCUAAUUAUGUAAUAAAUACAUAAACUAUAUUACGCGUAUCGCAUUUAAAUAGAUAUUUAAAUGAUUAAGUAAAGCGAUCGUGUACGAUUAUUUCUAAGUAUAUGAUUCUUAUAAGAAUGGAUAUUUAUAUAUCAAAAAAGUACAGCCCACAUGCGAAAAUAUCGGGCUAUACUCGAAAUGCGUUGCCAGAAGCUGCCUUUUUGCUUCGAGGUCGCAUAAUUUAAUAUCUAUUAGGAAACAUUCGUAAAUAGUAAAUUGACAUUUAAUAUUUCGUGUAAACUUAUUUUAUAUUUGUUAUUUGAAAAGUGAAUUUUUAUUAUACAAAUUAUGAUAAAUUUAUUAUUAUACAAAGUAUGAUAAAAACAAUUUUAUUAGUUUAAAGUAUUAAUUUUUACAAAGAUUAAUUUUAUAUAAAUUUAUGUUAUGUAUAUAUGUAUUUUCUACUUCAAAUUUUUACCUAUUUUUAUAAUUUAAUUUUUUUUUUUUUUUUAAUACCGACAAUGAAUGGGGAUUUUAACAAGAGAUUAAGUAAAUUAAAAAAUCAAAUUUGAUUUAUAUUUUUUCUUAAUUAAUGACAUAAUUUGUAUAAGAUACGAUAUGGCCUACUCAGUACCUAAAACACAAAAAAUUAUUUGACCAGGAGCAAAAUGAUAGAAAAUAAAAAUUAUAUGUAUCAACAACGCGUUUCAAGAAUAUGGCUCGAUUCUUUUGAGAUUCAUUUUUCUAAAAGUUAUUCUAUACAAUUUAUAAUUAUUUAUUCUAUACAAUUUGCGAUUAUACUACUUAAAAACCAUUUGCAAGAAGUUUCUGAUAUCUAAUUGUAUGACUAAUUAUAAAACAUAAUGAGGAACCCUCUACUUGUCAUACCGUUUCCUUUUGUGUAAGUUCCAUAAUUUUAUCAAAUUAAUUAAAUGACAAGUUGAUGAUGGUUGGUGCAAUCUAUAUGUCUCCUGUGAUUUAAGUUCACGAAGAAUUUGAGAAACUAGCGUUUUACAAAUAAUAAAAAGAUAUUGUAAGUUUGGUGA